AUGGGCAGUCAAUUAACGUGUCAGUUGUUCUAUGAUGGGCAUCAACAGUUAGCAGUGAACCUGGCCUCCGUGGUGAAGGCCCAUCCAGCAUGCCCGCCAUCAGAUAGACUUCUCAAGGUCCUCAAACUUGGACUGAAAGCAGAAGAAGAUGAGACAGGGGAAAAGACGUUCAAAAGUGAAUACAUCACCCCCGGGGCAGGAAUAGAUCUGGAGUUUGAAACUGAUGUUCAGACAAUAUCUCCGGAAGCAGCUCUUUAUGAAACAUGCUAUGUGACAGCCCACAAAAGUGCAUGCAGAGUGGGUGUCUUCCAUCCAAGUGGUCAGUUAAUUGCCACAGGAUCAGAUGAUACCUCAAUUAAGAUCUUGGAUGUGGAGAGAAUGUUAGCCAAAAGUGCCACACCCCCUGAAGUGAUUGCGCAAGAGACUCCGCAACAAGCCAUGGAAAAUCAUCCUGUCAUUAGAACAUUAUAUGAUCACAAUGGGGAAAUAACUACACUAGACUUUCAUCCUCAUCACCAGAUUCUGGCAUCUGGCAGCAAAGAUUUUAGUGUCAGAUUCUUCGAAUAUUCAAAACCUUCAGUGAAAAAAGCAUAUAAAAGUAUACAGGAGGCAGCAGAAGUAAGGACGUUAUCAUUUCAUCCUGGUGGAGACUUCAUUCUUGUUGGCACUAAUCAUCCUACAAUUCGGCUUUAUGAUGUGAACACGUUUCAGUGUUUUGUUGGAAGGAAUCCGAAUGAUCAACAUCAAGCUGCAGUCACAUGUGCAAAAUACAGUCCUAAUGCCAACCUGUACACAACAUGUGCUAAGGAUGGUCACAUCAAGAUCUGGGAUGCUGUGUCUGGUCUCUGUAUUAAUACAUUCAAGAAUGCUCAUGAUGGGGAAGAAGUGUGUUCAGUACAGUUUACACGAAAUUCUAAGUAUGUUUUAUCAAGUGGGAAAGACUCGCUAGUGAAGUUAUGGGAAUUGUCAACCAACAGAUGUUUGAUUGUUUAUACUGGAGCAGGGACCAUGGGGAAGCAGGAACACAGAACUAAAGCCUGUUUCAACCAUACAGAGGAUUAUGUGUUGUUUCCUGAUGAGAAAACUACAAGUCUGUGUUGCUGGGAUUCAAGAAACGCUGAGCGGCAAAGACUUCUUUCUCUUGGUCACAAUGGAAUUGUUCGGUGCAUCAAUCACUCGCCAACAGGACCAGCAUUUGUUACAUGUAGUGAUGACAAUCGUGCCCGCUUCUGGUACAGAAAGGCCGACUCAGACUGAUGGACAUGUCAUAUAGUUGUUUAAAUAAUACAAUAAAAGAAAGACAUUUAAUUUGAUGAAAUAACGAUAGGGCAGAAUGUAGCUGGCCUAGCCAUGAUUAAAACUUGGAUAAAAUCUUAAUACUUCAGCCAUGUUUAAGCCUAUUUGAUAUACAAACAUAUCUACUGGAUAUUUUUCAGGAUUAUUAACUGUUAAAGGUUUGUCAAACUUAAGCUUUGUUAUAUGUUUUUAACAUUGCUUUCAAAUACUCUGUGUAAAAUAAUGCUGGCCUUGGAAACAGUAUUGUGAAACAUUUGAGGCAAUGUAGAAUAUUGAAGAAUUACUGGUCUAACAUUUUAGUUUAAAUUUGCUCAUUGAGGGAAUAUGCUCUAUGAAAAUGUAAGGGAGUGAAAUUGGUAAGCUUUUGUUUGGUUAUAUGAAAUUAAUCAAUUCUGGAGGGUAAUUAGAUUUUGAAAAUUUCACAUCAUUUAUCUGACAGGUUUAUUAUAUUAAAUGUUUUUAAUUUAGAAAAAAAAAUCUGUUGUUUUCAUUGAAAAGUUCGAACAAUAUUAUUUCUGUAAAAUUUUGUUUACACAACUAGAUUGAAAGUAUUUUAUAUACAAUAUACUUGUUUAUCUAUUUCUGUAAUCAAAUAGUUUUCUGCAUUAGAAUCAAAUCCCUUUAUAAAUUUCUGCAGUAUGAAAACAUUUUCAGUGAUUUUUUUUCAGAUAUGAAUAAAGGUGUAUAAUUAUG